AUGUCCGACGCCGUCCCCCUUCCAGCAGCCUGCUGUGCUCAAAACGCUGUGCAAUCGGACUACAAACCUCAGGGAACAUAUAUUCCUCUGGCUAACCUCAACGUCUACGUCACUGGCUCAGAAAGCGCGAGCCGUGCAAUCCUCUUCUUCUUUGACGUGUUUGGACUUGCACCACAAACGCUGCAGGGCGCAGACAUCUUAGCCAAAUCAAUGGGCUUUGUAGUACUAGUUCCCGAUUUUUUCCAUGGUGAACCUCUGGGCUUGGAUGUCUUCCCUAUAGACAACGAUAAUAAAAGAGAGAGAGCGAAGGUUUUUAUAAGCACGACGGCAGACUUUACGAAGAAUAAACCGGUCGCACUACAAGUACAAACGGCAGCGGCCGAGAAAUUUCCAAGCAUUAAGAGCUGGGGAGCUUUUGGCCUAUGCUGGGGUGGGAAAAUGACAGCGAUACUCUCUGGUCCUGAAUCAACGUUCAAAGCAGCCGGGACAGCGCACCCUGGGUACGUCCGACUCGACUCUAGUGACGCCGCUCAAAUCAGUAUUCCGUACAUCUGCCUGUUCUCCAAGGAAGAUGGGACUCCCGAACAGGUUCAGGCGUAUGAGAAAACGUUGAAGAAUUCGAAUGCGAAUGUGGUCGAAACGUUCGCGAACAUGCAUCAUGGUUGGAUGGGAGCUCGCGCCCGUCUAGAAGAUCCCGAAAAUGUGACGGAGUAUUGUAGGGGUUAUAGCUUGGUGGGGGAUUUUUUUGACAUGCACUUGUAG